CCCAGCUGUGCACCCACCUGUGCUCACCUGUGCCAACCACCUGUGCCUAGCAGUGCCGCCCAUCUGUGCCCAGCAGUGCCACCCAUCUGUGCCACCAGUGCCCAUCAGUGCAGCCUAGAAGUGCCGCCAGUCUGUGCCCAGCAUCAGUGCCCCAGCAGUGCCCGCCUGUCAGUGCCCGCCUAUCAGCUGACGACUAUCAGUGCCGCCUAUCAGUGCCGCCUAUCAAUGCCCACCUCAUUAGUGCUGCUUAUCAGUGCUUGCCUAUCAGUGCCCUUCAGUGCUGCCUAUCAGUGCCACCUACAGUGCCCAUCAGUGCUGCCUAUCAACGCACAUCAGUGAAGGAGAAAAAUUAACCUGUUUG